UAUAAAGAAUAGCAUUUAUGAAUUACAGAAUGUUUUGGAAUCCGUUUUUGAGAAUAUCCCUGUUGGUACUCCUGGUACCUUUGAUGUUGUGUGAGAAAGCAUCACCGAAACCUGGCCUGAAAGGAUUCAGAGAGGAUUACAAAAGUAUUACGGAGACUUGUCGGGAUAUUGGAUUUAUCAAGAAGUGUGAAUGUAUUGCUGGUAAAUCUAUGGUUGUCUUUGACGUCCGAUUGAAAAAUCAUAAGAGAAAUCUUGGCAAAGGUUCAAAGGUCGUGUUUGAGACCGUGGACCUGAAUGAAGGACUGGGAUACGACGCUUCCUCGGGAGUCUUCACGGCCCCUCACAGCGGAAUUUACGUAUUUGACUGGACAAUUGUGACUUUGCGAGAGAAAGGUGCUCUAACUUCCGUUGUUGUAAAUGGUCCCUAUAAGUCAUGGAAUUACUGCAAUGACCGUACCAAGAAUUUAUGGCUUUCUUGCAGCAAGACGACGGUGAUAAAACUGAAACAAGGAGACAAAGUUUGGAUUGGAGUUUACAGUGGACCUGCAGACAUACAUAAGCAAUACACAUCGUUUUCCGGUUAUAAACUGUAAAUAUUUUUGUAUUAAAGAAAUUGUUGAUUGAAUUGGUUGCCUUGGCAUUUUUUUUUCAGUAUUGACAGCUCUUGUCUCGAGGUUAACAUUAACGAUAAGACAAUGUGCUUAUAUUGAAAUUGUGUGUUAUUAAAAUUGGUGUAUUAUUUCAUGAAUAUUCGAGGGAAUUAAUUUUCGUGUAUGGAGCAAAAUCCGCAAAUCUAUAGAUUCGCGGACAAAUGUCAAAUAAAGGGAAGAAAGAA